AUGAAUCCCUUCGUACAACGGUCUCAGGCAGCCUGGCACCGGGUUGGCUUUGUUUCCCAAUUUCCCGACCUCCAAUUGGAGGAUGACUGCUCUCGGAUUGCCCCAAGUUGCAAAGCCUUCAAUAUCCCCAAGACGAAUGUCGGCCCUCCAGUCGAAGCGGACAUUGACCUACCCGGAGAUUUGAAGGAGCAAGUACUUGUAUUCAGAUACAAGGGAAAGAUUCAUGCCAUUGACCAUCAAUGCCCUCACUCGUCGUUCCCACUUUCACAGGGCAGUCUCUUUGACAUUGAAGACUUUGGCAUCACCCUCAGUGCGGGGCUCACUUGCCCCAAACAUGGCUGGUCCUUUGACAUCUUCUCUGGGCAGGCAGACCGUGGCAACUACAAGCUCAAAGUGUGGGAAGUGCAACUGCGGGAUCCCCAGACAAAGGAUGAGUCUUCCGACAGCAUCGACCAAGAGGUCUGGGUGAGGCGGAAGCAGCGAAUUGGUUAAGCCGCGACUUCAUUCACUUUCAGGACUGUUCAUGUCCAGCAACUGCGUACAAGCAAUUUGACUCCGGAACCGGUUGGACCUCGGUAGGGCACGUACGUAAGAUUCACACCGGGCAUCUCCAAGACAUGGGGCGAUGUCGCAUGCCAUGUCAGAAUCCUUCCUCUGCUGUGAAUGCG